AUGGAGCAAUUCCUCAAUAAAGUACUCGACAGUUCCUUCCACAGCGACUGUUUAAAAUGUUCGUGCUGUGAAGAGAAACUGGUGACAAAAUGCUAUAUGAAGAACAAUUCACUGUUUUGUCGAAAUCACUUUUUUAAAAAAUUCGGGACCAAAUGCGGUAUGUGCAAAGAAGGGAUAUCCCCCGAUUGCAUCGUCCGAAAAGCAAACGAACAUGUAUAUCAUAUGGAGUGUUUUCAAUGUACGAUAUGCAAGCGUGAUAUGGAGACCGGCGAUGAAUUCUACCUGAUCCCAAUCGAAGGGAAAAUUGUUUGCAAAGCCGACUAUGAAGUGGCAAAGAAUAAAACCCCGGAUUUGGAGAUGGAGAAUACGAAUAAAAGGCCGAGGACGACGAUAUCGGCAAAGAGUUUGGAGACGUUGAAGCAGGCAUAUCAUACCAGUUCAAAACCUGCACGUCAUGUUCGAGAACAACUUGCGGCUGAAACUGGGUUGGACAUGAGGGUUGUUCAGGUUUGGUUCCAAAAUCGACGUGCUAAAGAAAAACGCCUGAAAAAAGAUGCUGGAAGGUCUUGGACAGGAGGAAACCAAAAAACUGACUCCGAUAGUAACUCACCGACAGAAAGUAUUAAUGGACAAAGCCCCGGAUACGGCUACAUCGAAACGCCCAACGACCACGAUAACCGAGUAGAUAGUGUCUACGCGGAUUAUCAGCUCCUGAGCCAAGGCCCACCUGGCAGUACAAUUCAAGCCACUUCCCCCAUGUCUUCAGAUAUGGAAAAUUUCCAUCCGAUUCGAAGCCUCAACGUCGCAGAUCUAGGAUUGCCGCCAUCCGGAGCAUUGCUUGGGUUGGAUCAGAUUCAAGCAGGCCCAACCCCGCUUUCCGCUGAGCACCUCCUGUUUCCAAUGACAUCAUCAUUGGACCCGGGCGCUAUGGCUGGACUGGCACAUCAUUUUAUGCAG